AUGUCCGACACAAACAGACUCGCCACUCUCGACCUGUCCAUGGUGAGCCGCCUGCCGCCCUACAGCCAGGCGCUCUUCGCCGCCAAGACCACCAAGAACCUGACCUUUGCCGACAUUGCCUCGCACAUUGGCCGGGACGAGGUCGCCGUCGCGGCGCUCUUCUACGGCCAGGCGCAGGCCUCGGCCGACGACGUGGCCAAGCUGUCGGAGCUGCUGCAGGUGCCGCGCGAGGCGCUGGCCGCGCAGAUGAUGGGCUUCCCGGACCGCGGCCGCGCGGGGCCCAUGCCGCCGGUCGAGCCGCUCAUCUACCGCCUCUACGAGAUUGUGCAAAACUACGGCUACUCGUUCAAGGCGGUGCUCAAUGAAAAGUUUGGCGACGGCAUCAUGAGCGCCAUCAACUUUAGCGCAAAGGUCGAAAAGGAGGAGGAUGACAAGGGGGAUGCGUAUGCCGUCAUUACGCUGCGAGGAAAAUGGUACGUCUUUUUAUUAUUGUUCCUCUUCCUUCGGCUGCCGUGGGCUCAUCAUUGUUUCUCGCCCGCCUCAGAGUAA